AUAGUCUAACACUGAACUGUAAGACGUGGUUGUAAAUGGGCUAUGGAUAAGAAUUUGGCAUUGAAGCCUCUGAUUAUGGGGGCUUUUUUUUUUUUAUCUAGAUAAUAAAAAAUUAAUUCUGAAAAUUGUUUAUUUGUAAUUUUUUGUGAUAAAAAAAUCGAAUUGAUGGAAAAUUGAGACAGCUAAGCUCCAUCCUCCACUUUUCACUCCCACCAGAUCGCGUCUUCUUCUUCCACUAUUGGCGCUGUUGUUGUUUCAGAGUUAAGUGUUUGCUGGACAAAAGCAGGAGCAUAAAAACAUGUCUAACUUUUACAAUCAGACGAGAGCAGCCUCGUCUCUGAUGAGACGCCUUAAACGAAGCCUCAUCAAUCCAACUGCUGUCACUCGCCCUAGAUGUUUCACCACCGCCGAGGGCCACCGACCUACCCUUGUCCACAAGCGCAGCCUCGAUAUCCUCCACGAUCCAUGGUUCAACAAGGGAACAGCAUUUUCCAUGACGGAACGAGAUCGUCUGGAUCUUCGUGGCCUGCUUCCUCCAAAUGUAAUGUCUUCCGAACAGCAAAUUGAACGCUUCAUGGUUGAUUUGAAGAGGCUUGAAGUGCAAGCUAGAGAUGGACCAUCUGAUCCAAAUGCGCUUGCCAAGUGGCGGAUACUUAAUCGCUUGCAUGACAGAAAUGAGACUAUGUACUACAAGGUUCUAAUUGCCAACAUCGAGGAAUAUGCUCCUAUUGUUUAUACUCCAACUGUCGGUCUUGUUUGCCAGAACUAUAGUGGUCUGUUUAGAAGGCCUCGAGGAAUGUACUUUAGUGCAGAAGAUCGGGGAGAAAUGAUGUCUAUGGUUUACAACUGGCCUGCUGAUCAGGUUGAUAUGAUUGUUGUCACGGAUGGAAGCAGAAUAUUGGGUCUUGGAGACCUUGGAGUUCAGGGAAUUGGAAUUGCUAUAGGGAAGCUGGAUUUGUAUGUUGCUGCUGCUGGUAUCAAUCCUCAGAGGGUGCUUCCUGUCAUGAUUGAUGUUGGGACUAACAAUGAGAAGUUGCUCAAAAACCCGUUGUACUUGGGGCUUCAACAACACCGCCUUGAUGGUGAUGAGUAUAUUGCAGUGAUCGAUGAAUUCAUGGAGGCAGUUUUUACUCGUUGGCCAAAUGUGAUUGUGCAGUUUGAAGAUUUCCAGAGCAAGUGGGCUUUCAAGUUAUUGCAGCGUUACAGAAAUACACACAGGAUGUUCAACGAUGAUGUCCAGGGAACGGCUGGGGUUGCAAUUGCUGGUCUUCUUGGAGCUGUAAGAGCACAGGGAAGGCCAAUGAUUGACUUUCCUAAGCAAAAGAUUGUUGUUGCUGGUGCUGGAAGUGCAGGAAUAGGGGUUGUCAAUGCUGCAAGGAAAACAAUGGCAAGGAUGUUAGGAAAUACUGAGCAUGCUUUUGAUAGUGCAAAGAGUCAAUUCUGGGUUGUUGAUGCUAAUGGUCUCAUAACUGACGAACGUGAAAAUAUUGAUCCAGACGCCCUGCCAUUUGCAAGGAACACUAAUGAAGCUGGUCGUCAAGGAUUAAGGGAGGGUUCAAGUCUUGUGGAAGUGGUGCGGCAAGUGCGGCCUGAUGUGCUUCUUGGGUUGUCUGGUGUUGGAGGAUUGUUCUCCAAAGAGGUGUUGGAGGCUCUUAAAGGAUCGACAUCAGCUAAACCAGCUAUCUUUGCAAUGUCAAACCCUACAAAAAAUGCUGAGUGCACCCCAGAGGAAGCUUUCUCGAUUGUAGGCGACAACAUUAUAUUUGCAAGUGGAAGUCCAUUUAGAGAUGUUGAUCUUGGAAAUCGUCAAAUUGGGCAUAGCAACCAAGGAAACAACAUGUAUCUCUUUCCAGGUAUUGGCCUUGGAACUCUUCUGUCUGGUUCUAGGAUCAUAUCGGAUGGCAUGCUACAGGCUGCAGCAGAACGUCUGGCUGCCUACAUGACAGAAGAUGAAGUUCUCAAGGGCAUGAUAUUCCCUCCAAUAUCAAAGAUAAGAGAUAUAACAAAGGAGGUAGCAGCAGCUGUGGUGAAGGAAGCUAUAGAAGAGGAUCUGGCAGAAGGAUAUCGUGACAUUGACGCUAGAGAGCUCCAAAAAAUAUGUCAGAACGAGGAGGAAGUUUUAGAAUAUGUGGAGAACAGCAUGUGGAGCCCAGAAUAUCCAACUCUAGUUUACAAAAGGGAUUAGUUGGCUUGGUGGAUAUGCCAUCUUUUUGUUCCAAAUGGAAAGAAAUAGCAGGGGUUGAUCUUGCUCUGUCAUUGGUCCCAGUCAAAGACAUCAGACGUCAUGGGCAUAAUAGCAUAAAAUAGUUGGAUUUGUAUAAGGAAUUUGGUUAAUAAUAUGCACCGUCGUUAUCUAUAUAUUGUUUAGAUUUAUGAGUGGAUAGGAAAUUGUUGUGAAGAGCAAGCUUAGCUUCAUGCUUUCCUUUGUUUCCACACCUCAAUUCCAAAUGAAAUGAAUGAAUAUAUCAUGACAGAGGCAUUGAUGGCUGAUGAUGAACUGGAGACCGACAAACGGUAAUUAUUUAUGCAGGAAUGGAUUGUCUACUGUUCUUUGUGCUAACUUCACACCGACUAAGAUUGGCCUUUAUCAUUUGUAUUAGGGCUGAGCUUUAAGAAUGUGAAUGGCAGGCUGUGAUUUGCGCACCUCUAUCCAUUAUAUAGUCAAUAUUUGUUACUCCCUAAAAUCUGUUUGUAAACCUUAUUUAUAGAGUAUCUCGACAUUAACGGGUGACGAGUUUUAUUGAAAAAUUUGUGCUGUGAAAUUUAUUUAAAGUAAUAAUUAUGUAAUGAUGAUGUUAUUUUGAAA